AUGCUAUCUAAGAUCUUCUUCACUCUCUCAAUCAUAGCAUUUACUUGUUUCCUUCAUUAUGCACAAUCUAAACUUCCACAGCAAGAGCUUGAUGCUCUUGAAGAAAUCACUAGUACAAUGGGUUCAACCUACUGGAAAUUUGAUGGUGAUUCAUGUCAAAUUCAAAUGCUUGGUUUAACUAAAAAACCACCUGAUGGAUGCCAAAGUAGCAUUGCCUGUGAUUGCUCUUCUCAAAAUGACACCUUCUGUCACGUAGUAAGGAUUGAAUUCAAGGGGUGCAACCUUCCCGGCACGCUUCCGCCUCAAUUGGUAAAGCUUCCAUACCUCAAACUAGUUGACUUUGCUUUUAACUACCUAAAUGGUACGAUUCCGAAGGAAUGGGGUUCGAUUGAACUAACUUCAAUCUCGCUACUUGUUAAUCGUUUGUCAGGAGAGAUUCCUAAGGAGUUGGGAAACAUUACCACUUUAACAUACUUGAACCUUGAAGCAAACCAAUUUUCCGGUCUUGUUCCCGCUGAACUUGGAAGUCUACUUAACCUGCAGACUUUGAUUUUAUCAUCCAAUAAAUUGUCCGGGAACUUGCCAUUGACAUUUUCUCAGUUACAGAAUUUGACAAAUUUUAGGAUAAAUGAUAAUAGUUUCAACGGAAAAAUACCGAGCUUCAUACAGAAUUGGAAACAGCUUCAGAGACUAGAAAUGCAUGCAAGUGGACUGGAGGGACCUAUCCCGUCAAAUAUAUCGCUUUUGACUAAUUUAUCUCAACUGAGGAUUAGUGACAUCAAUGGUCCUAGUCAGGAUAUUCCUAUUUUAAGCAACAUGACAGGAAUGAUAAGAGUGGUUUUGAGGAAUUGCAAUAUUACCGGAGAGAUUCCUAGCUAUUUCUGGACAAUGAAGGAUUUGGAAAUGUUGGAUCUCAGUUUCAAUAAUUUGUUUGGUGAAAUUCCAGCGAGGGCUCAUGUGGGACAUUUGAGAUUUCUCUUCUUAACUGGCAACAAGCUAAGUGGUAACGUACCUGACUCAGUGUUGAUGGCCGGAAGCAAUGUGUAUGUUCCUUGCUUCAAUCAUUUCUACUUAAACAUUGAAAAUGAUAUUUCUUACAACAACUUUACAUAUCAAGGACUUGAGAAAUCGUCUUGUGGAGAUUAUCUGAAUUUAAAUCUAAACAUGUUCCGGAGCUCCUUAGGGACCAAUGCAUUACAAGGGAUUCUUCCAUGUUCAACAGCUUUCAAAUGUCCUAGAUAUUCAACUUGUUUACACGUUAGCUGUGGAGGAAAGGAUAUAACUGUGAGGGAAAAUGGUGACGAUAUUCUCUAUGUUGGAGAUGGAUAUGUCGUAGGCGGUGCUGCUAAACUUUUUAAGGACCAUGAAAACCACUGGGGGUUUAGUAGCACUGGGGACUUCAUGGAUGACGGUGAUUUCCAAAAUACGCGUUACUCAAGGUCGUUGUCAUCUUCAAGUUUGCCGGAAUUAUAUAAAACGGCUCGCGCAUCUCCCAUUACGCUUACUUAUUUUCACUAUUGCUUGGAAAAUGGGAAAUAUACUGUGCAUCUCCACUUUGCAGAAAUACAAUUUUCAAAUGAUAAAACAUUUAGAAGUCUUGGAAGGCGCUUAUUUAAUAUCUAUGUUCAGGGAGUAUUAGUUUGGAAGGAUUUUGAUAUUGAAGACAAGCCACACCUUGCUCAAAAAAUGCGUAAAUUAUCAACAUAUAACGUGACUGUAACAGACGGUAUUUUGGAGAUUCGAUUCUACUGGGCUGGCAAGGGGACUACAAGGAUUCCUGUUAGUGGAGUUUAUGGUCCUCUUAUAUCAGCUUUCUCUAUUGUUUCCGAUUCUAAACCUUGUUCAGACCAAAAGAAUGAUGGAAGGCGUAAAGUAGUCAUUGGAGUAGGAUUUGGAGUUACAGCUUUAUGUCUAGUCCUUAUUGUGGUAGGCAUUUUUUGGAGGAAAGGCUACAUUAAAGAAAUUAAGAGAAGAGAAAAAGUUUUCAAAGGGCAAGAUUUUCAUAUGAGGACAUUUACAUUAAAACAAAUUAGAGCCGCCACAGAUGGAUUUAGUCCUGCUAAUAAGGUUGGAGAAGGUGGUUUUGGUCCUGUCUACAAGGGUCAAUUAUCUGAUGGUACAUGGGUAGCAGUCAAACAGCUCUCCUCGAAGUCUCGGCAGGGAAAUCAUGAAUUUUUAAAUGAGAUAGGCAUGAUAUCUUGUUUUCAGCAUCCUAAUCUAGUGAAACUUCAUGGAUGUUGCAUUGAAGGGGAUCAAUUAAUAUUGGUGUAUGAGUACAUGGAAAAUAAUAGCCUGGCCCAUGCUUUAUUCAGUUCAGAAAAUCAGCUUAAACUUGAUUGGCCAUCAAGGCUUAGGAUCUGCAUUGGCAUAGCAAAAGGUCUUGCAUUUCUUCACGAAGAAUCACGACUCAAGGUUGUUCAUCGAGAUAUAAAAGCUACUAAUGUGUUACUGGAUGGGAACUUAAACCCUAAAAUAUCAGAUUUUGGGUUGGCUAGGCUCGACGAAGAGGAUAAGACUCAUAUCAUCACCCGAGUGGCGGGUACAAUAGGAUAUAUGGCACCGGAGUAUGCUUUAUGGGGUUACUUGAGUUACAAGGCUGACGUUUACAGUUUUGGAGUCGUGGUCUUGGAAACUGUUAGUGGAAAAAGUAAUAACAAUUACAUGCCAAGUGAUAAUUGUGUUUGCCUUUUAGAUAAGGCACUAUAUCUGGAACGGACUGAAAACGUUAUGCAACUGGUUGAUGAGAGGUUAGGAUCAGAGGUAAACCCAACUGAAACAAAAAAUACGGUAAAAGUAGCUCUCUUGUGUACGAAUCCAUCGCCGUCACUAAGGCCUACAAUGUCAGAGGUUGUAAACAUGCUUGAAGGAAGAAUAAGCAUUCCAGAUAUUAUCCCGGAAGGGAACACUUACACCCAAGAUUUAAGGUUUAAAGCUAUGAGGGACGUACAUCAAAAUAAGGAAGGACAUAGUUUGAGCACAAGCCGGACAGAUGAUUCAACAGGAAUCCUUACACAUAGCACUCCCUCAAUGUUAGGCAAUGAUAUUCAUGAGAUUUCCUCCGAGCUUUGA